CUGUAAGUACGAUCUACAGCCCAGAACAUUUAUGAUGGCUGCGCCCAUCUGAGAUGUACGCACUCGCAAUACUGGGGCGCCUGAAUUAAAAGUGUUUUGCUUAAAGAACCGUCUUAAAAGAUUAUCAAAGCACAGUGCGUAGAUAAAUAAUGUAAUAUCAAUUACGGAACUGACAUUAAGCCUUCACUGGUUGAUUGAUUACUGCUGGACGCGAAAUGUCGGACAGCAGCUCCGACGAGAGCGAUGCACGGCUGCGAGAAGCGGCAGUCACUGUUCAAGAUAUUUUUGCGAAAAAGCCGGGGCAGAAAAAGCCCCAGGAAAGCGUGCAAGAAAUUAAUGACGCAACCAAGGACACCGGUACAACCAUAACAGACUUGUCAGCGGAAUGCAGACAGUUCCUCGCCAAGAGCUUGUCAAAUAACUUGGACAAGCAAAUCAAGAUAGUUGAUAAGCACCUUGAAAUACAAGAUAAUGACAACAGCACAGGCAUUAAACUUUUUACCGACUCUACCGUGGAAUUGGUAGAGCUUGAAGAACCUGAAGUGCAGCGACCUCGUAAGAAACACAAAAAGUCAAAAGAAAAGGUAACCGACGACAUGCUCGCAGCCAUUGCUGUAACACCGGAAUGGGUGCUACAGCGGUCUGGGAUCCAAGGUGCUAACAAUUAGACAAAAGCCAUCUGCAGGAAGCUUUGGAGCUACUCGAAUUGCAAUGGUUUUAUGGUAUCUCACUUGACUGUGUAAAUACAUUGAGUGCUUGUAGCAUCUGCUAUAUUUGUAAAUAAACAACUUCAUUGACAUUUU